AUCGAGGAUCAUCAUUCGAGAAGAAUCCACGGAUGAGACAUCCGACAACAACAACAACAACAACAAAACAAAAAAAGCAUCAACAGUUUUACUCCGGUUUGAAUUCGCAGCCAACUUUCCAGUCCACUAGGGGCAGUAAUACAAUCAACUGUCAAAUGGCAAGUCAAUCACUAGAAGAAGAGCUGCUCCACCUCUUCCCCCUCCUCCUCUGGCAGUGAGGGUUGAAGGAGAACACUGGUGGAGUAACGUCAAGCAGCAUUCUCUCUCUCUCGCUCACUCUCUCCCUCCCUCUCCCUGUCAGUAAAGGCAGUCCGUUUAUUUGGGUAAAGUUGCAGAUAAAAUGUCGUCUUGGGCGAAGUCGUCUGCAGCUGCGCGGCGGCCGACCGCCAACAUGAACCCCAACGGAAGCGGUCAACAGCUGCGUAUGUUUCGGAGAGGAGCGCCGUACCCUAACCGAGACGAGAGGACCGAGGAGCCCAAGGAUGUCCUGGAAAGUUACGAAGAGCUGGAGCAAAACUACAGCGGCAGUGUGAAGUACGAAGGGUACAAGCAUCAGCCAAAUGCCAAGCUAGACGGCUGCACCCCAGCCGACAGACGUAAAGCCCUGUAUCAGAAGUUCUACAGACAGGUGCAGGAGGAGAGGAAGCUGCCCGACUGCGUGGUCCUCUCUGUCACCAACCGGUGCCUGGAUUACCCCAAAUCGCUAAGCCAGUGCUUGCAGGAGCGUGGCCUGUCAGUGGAAAUGCUCUACCUUGAGGCGGAGUCAGGCCUGACCCGAGCUCUGCAGGACGUCCGAGCAGACGGCUCGCCGUUAUGUAUUCUGGUGGAGCAGACAAAUGUAGUUCUGUCCUCCUGCACUGUUAUCAUAUUCUCAGAGUCCCUCAAAAUCCAUCGAAACAUGCCCAAAGACCAGGCCAUGGAUUUUGUUGCGACCGAGUACAGUCGCAGACGCGUCAAAGAGCGCCCGCUGAAGGACCCCGCAGACAGUGCGGCCAAGGCGUCGCAACUGCUGGAUGACUUCCUGGAACGGGAAAAGAUCGAGCGCCACGCGGUUCCCUCCGAAACCCGUCAGCUCCUCUUGCUGUUAGCCGACGGGGUGCAUCUCUACCCGGAGGAGAUGGAAAGCAUCUCGGAAUAUGUCCGUUCCCGGCAGGAUCACACACGAGCAUCCAACACCGAGGGACAGAGAGGGAACAUGUUACCUCCAGGAUUGGGGAAACCACCUCCUCUGCUCCCCACGCCACCCGGGCCCCCUCAACCCCAGUCUGGAGGCGGAGCCGGUGGGUCCUUGAUGGACCACCCCCUCCAGCCGGCUCCUCUCCUGUCUUCACCAGGCUCCUAUCCCAAAACCAAACCUCCGCCUCUACUGUCCUUGCAUCGGCCUCCUGGUCCAUCGUUAGGGGCCUCAUCUUCUCGAGGCCCCCAGUCCUUACACAACCCCUACGGUGGUCCCUCCAUGUCCCGUGGGCCCUUACUCCAUCACCUUCCUCUAUACCAUCCAGGCCCCAGGGGCCCUCUCCUAAAUAGAGGAGGCCCGCCUUCUCUAAAGAGUUGCCGCCCUCCACUUCUCGCUUCUCCAGGUGCCCUUCUCCCACGACCGAGUGGCCCCCGACACUAAAAAAAUAAUACACACACACACACACACCUACACACACACCUACACACACACACACACACACACACACACACUGUUAGACUUGCAGGCUACAAGUGCCAGAAGUGUUUUGAACAUUUCAGCUACUUCGAGAACAGAAAUGUCCUGGAGCCUGCAUCAGUCACCUUUUUGUUUUUGUUCAUUUUUUUCUUCAAGGAACUCUGUUGAAUUGAAAAGAUGGUAGUUAAUGUGAAAUAAUAUAAUUGUGGAGGAAAUGGAGUAUUCUUAUAACUGAUCAUUUUAAGCAUCUUUUCAUUACUGUUCUUCCCUUUUGUCUUUAUAAUGUACUGUACUUUUCACGCAGUCAUCCCAUUAAAGAAAAACCCAACAAUUUUCAUACUUCCAGUUUGCCUUUUUUAGAUUUGUUAAUGUUAGUUUUAGGCUAUAGAGAGAAGCUGCACAUGAUAAACAUCUGACUUGUGAAUGCACAAACGCUCCUGGUAACCAAUGGACAGCGGGGUUUAUUUUUCUGUACCUAAUGAAGAUCGCAGGUAACCUACCUGCUGUAUACGUGUUCCAAGACAGUGCUUAAGAUUUUACAUGGAGUUCUCCAAGAUUAUCUGGGGUCGAGAGAUUAAACACCCAAUUAAAAGUCUGCUUUUACAAGCUGUAUUCUGUGUUUAUGUCUCAUUUUAUAUUUGUCCUGAGUAGAAUGAAUCGUUCUGAAGGAGUUGGUGUUAUGCUCAAAAUCAAUGAAUCUUCCAUAAUUGAUCAGUCAGUUUCACUCCCCUGUCUGUGGUCUUUGUUAACACACUCCUACGUAUAUGAAUCUCUUUAUGUUAUUGUGUCACUAAUGUAGGAAAAGACAAGUGAACACAUUGGAUUUUCUUCACAUAAUUGUGUCUGAACACCUCAACACAGAAAAUAAAGGAAAGCUAUUCAGAGGAGAAACAAUGAUUUGGUUGUCAUAUUAAUUUGCAGCAUUUUUCCAGUUCAGAAAAGGCAGCAACACGUUAUGAAGUCAUCUCCCCAUCACCGUACACCAGCAACAGGUCACUGCUUGUAUAUUCCGUGUACUUGUGUUUGUUACCUCGACUGAGAAAAACUUAUUAAAAAUGGAACUGAUGUUU